GACCUGCGUGAUGCCUAAAAUGAGCCCCUUCGUCCCUCUGCUCUGCGUCUGCCUGGACGUCUGCACGGUGCACGCCCUCCGCCUGGCCCAUUUCUCCCUUCUGCUGCGCACCCAUCCCUUCUUCACCCUGUGGGCGGGGGCCCUGAUCAGGGCCUCCAUCCUGGUCUUUCUCGCCUUCACCUUCCCCGGGUGCCCCCCAUGGACGAGGAGCUCCCGGGGCCUCCAGAGCAUAGGGGUCCUUUGCUUCCACUUCCCGGUCUACGUGGCUCUUAUGUGGCUGCUGGGGGGCUCCGUGGUGGAAGAACUGUGGGGGUGGCACAGCUGGGAGAGGGUAUUCCAGGGGUACGCGGUGACGGCGGUGGCGCUGCUCUACUUCAUCAAAGCCUCGUCCGCGUGGUCAAAGGCGCCGCCCAAGACGUCUGGACCGGACACCAGAGCCUCUCUGAAUCGCCUGAUGGGAUACAUGCGGCCUUACCUGGCCCGCUUUGUUUUCGUCCUGGCUAUGGUAAUCCUGUCGUCCUACGGGGAGAUGGCCAUCCCAAAGUACACCGGCCGGAUGACGGACUGGAUCAUUGAUGACGAGUCCCCGGAGGCGUUCUCCCAGGCCAUCACCAUCAUGACACUGAUGACCAUCGGCAGGUAACGGAGGCGGGGCUU